AUGUUCCUCCAUUCUCUGAUACUGAAAACAAAUUCUCUCAGGGGUAAAGUAGUAUCCUCUUCUUCCUUCGCUCGUUUAACCCUCAAAAAAAAACAAAAGUUUGCGUCUUUAGGACUUCUCAUGGCCUUUCAACCCAAAACCGAACCUGGGUCCCCGCUUAGGUCCUUUUCUACCACCCAUAAAAAAAACUACAGUGAGAUGAGCAUUUCUGAGCUUGUUUCAGUUCUACGUGUUGCGUAUCAAAUGAAGGAUUUUGAUAAAGUUGAAGAAGAGUUGGUGAACAGGGAAGUCAAGUUUAGGGCAGAGAUUGGGUCACUCCGGGAGAAGAUUGAGGUGGAGAGGCUCAAGGGUAUUGAAACCGAAGAAAGACUGAAAAUCAGAGAGGAACAAUAUGAAAAGGGGAAGAGAGCCCAGGAGAAUUAUGAGCAGUUGUUGAAGGAUGUGAAAAAAAAUGGCUUGGUUGAAAAAAAUACUAUUGGGGAGUUAAGGAAAAAAACGAUCCGUGCAUUGGAGGAGCAGAAGGUUGGGGACAAGAGUGGUCUUGAUGUCCUUAACAUGAAGAACAUUGGACUGGAGGAAACAGUUAAGAAGAAUUUGAAUGUCAUAGAAGCGUUGAGGACUGAAAAUGAUAAAUUGAAGGACGAGAUGCACGAACGUAAGACAUUAUUUGAGUCUUUGGAGAGGAAAUAUAGUGAACUAAGUGUCAGUGUUGCGAAGUUGGAAGAUGAUAUAAAACUUUUGAUGAGUGAAGGAGCCUCUAAUUGUGGGAACACUGAAGUGGAGCCUAAUCCUGGAGUUUCUUAUGUUGUCAAAGAUGAAGAGGAUGUUGGUGACUACGAGCUUGAAAAUGACACUGGGGAACCUGUUCCUUUCCAAAGGAAUGAAGAUACUCGCCACUCUCCUGAUACCGGCAUUGCUCAGGCUCCCCCCUACAAAAGGAACAAGGAUGAUGCUCUACGUGCAUCAGAUUAUUGCGGUUUGGUCAUAUAUCUUGGUAGCUUGAACCAUAAUGAUCUUAUGAGAGAAGGUAAUGGCUAUUGGCGAGAGACAUGUUUUAGUAGAUUAAUUGAAAUGGUGUGGUGUCUGCAUGCAAGGAAGCCUAAGGUCGAUUUUCCAUUCUUAUCUCAAGCCAAACACAACAUUGUUCCUGUUGUCUUCCUUAGAUCUUCAACUCAUGGAGUAAAAUUCAAAUUGGAAAAGGAGGUCAUAGACCUAGUUGAUGAUGAUGAUGAUGAUGUUGUGUGUACAUCACAAGGAUUGCAUAGUGAGAAAGCUAUUUCUCAAAUUAUUGCAGAAAAUGAACGUUCACAAAGGGUUGAAACUAUCAAAAGAAAACGGGCUUUUGAUACUCAGACAUGUACUUCCACAUCUGCAUCCUCUGCUGAUUUAUUUGAAAUAGAUAGACUCCCUAUAAAGAGAAGUAAAACUUCCAUCGCCAGUUCUGAUGUAUACUCUUUGCCAGGUCAGAGGGAGAUUCAUACCAACAUAUCAGAGAUUGAGGAACAAUUGAAGCUGAUAGAAGCUUUUUCUCUUGCUGAUCUUCUUCUCAAGUUUCAACCUGCAAACGAAAUGGAAUGCCCAUUGACUGAUUUCGGAGACAUGUUCGUCGGCGGUGGUGAAACAUCAUCUGCUGUUAGAGAGAUGUGCCAAAUCAAUGGAUAUGAUACCAUCUAA